GGUAAUUUUAAUCACGUGAUUUAUUGACUAGAUCUGUCAUUUACAAUGCAAAGAAAACUAGUAAUAUUUCUAUCGUUUAUAUGAUGGGGUGGGUUGUUGAUUGUUACGGAGAUUUAAAUUAGGAGAACUUUAUGUAUAAUAUUUGGGAAAAAGAAUAUACAAUCUAAUAAAUAUCAAACAAUGUAUUCCACGGAAGAAAUAUUUGAUGAUCUUAUGGAUGAAUGCAAAUAUGCUGGACCUGGUGCACACCUAUCAUAUACUUUACGAAACCGUAUAGAAAAAUGUAAAAUUGAAACUAGGAAAGAAAUUGUGUCUUAUAAAAUAGAUGGAUGUGCACCAUUAUUUAUUGCCUGCAAAAGAGGUCAUGUAGACAUUGUAGAAUAUCUGAUAACGGUAUGUGAUGCAGAUAUUGAACAGAGAGGAAAGUAUGCAGCAUCUGAUGAUAGAUCAAUACAUUAUGUUACACCAUUGUGGUGUGCUGCAGUAUCUGAAAAACUUCCUGUAGUAAAGUGUUUGAUAGCUCAUGGUGCAGAUAUUAAUGCUGUCUCAGAUUCUGGUUCUACUCCAGUAAGGUCAACAUGCUUCAUGACACGUAUGGAUAUUGUAUCCUAUUUGGUUGAAAAUGGUGCUGACAUAUCAAAACCAAAUUAUAAUGGUGGAACAUGUCUAAUAAAUUCAAUACAGAGUGUAGAAUUGUGCAUUUUCCUUCUGCAGCAUGGUGCUGAUGUAAAUGCUAGAGAUAUUCAUAAUAAAACUGCCUUAUAUUAUGCUAUUCAAGAGAAUAGAUUUAGAACUACCAAACUUUUUCUUGAACAUAACGCAGAUCCUCAUAUUAGAUCUCGUUUUAAUGAUGAUGCACUUCAAAUUGCUUGUUUAAGAGGGACCAUUCCGAUAUUUGAAUAUUUGGUGGAAAACGUGUCUUAUUCUUCAGAAAGAUUAGCAGAUGCUAAUGAGUUGAUGGGUUCCACAUUUUUUUACGAUCAUAACGAUACGCAAAUGGCUUUAAAGUAUUGGAGAGCAGCUAUGGAAAUUAGAAACUCUCACAUGAUAGAUGGUAAACCAUUACAAAAAAGACCUGUGUUACCCAAACGAGAUACUUACAGAUAUGCAACAGAAUUUACUACUCUAGAGGAAUUAAAUGCAAUUGCACUUGAUAUAGAUGCAAUGCGAAUACAAAGUUUAUUAAUAUGUGAAAGAAUAUUAGGACCACAUCAUAAAGAUACAUUAUUAAGGUUAAUGUUUAGGGGAGCUUCAUAUGCAGAUGCAUUAAGAUAUCAACGUUGCAUAGAUUUAUGGCGUAGGGCAUUAGAAAUUCGUGUUGAAAAAGAUUCUAUUUUGUAUGCUGACACAUAUCUAACAGCACAAGCUUUAUUGAAGCUUAUGGUUGAUUUAAACGAAAAAACUUUGGAGGUCAUGAAUCGCAAUGGAAAUAAAAAGGAGCCUAGAUUCUGUGAUGUAGUAGCUAUCUUUAAAUUACUCUCAAGCCAAUUAAUAGAUGCUAAAAAAUUAUUAGAGAUACGACCAGUGCAUAAAAGGCAACAAGAAAGUUAUGAACGAAUCCUAAAAUGUGUGACUCAUUUAAUAUAUUUAUUGAUAGAAACUGGAGAAACUAAUGAGGAGAAAAUAUUAACAAAACAACUAGUACAUGAAUUAGUUAAACAAAAUCCAAGAUCUGCACAUGCAGAAGAUACUCUUUUGCAUCUGUGUGUAUCUAGUUUGAAUACUAUCAACACAAGUUAUUUUACUACCGCUAAUGAAACUCAGGUAAUUUUUCCACGUUUGGAAGUUGUUAAGUUACUUUUGGAAUGUGGAGCGCAAGUCAAUGCAAGAAAUGCAUCACGAUCAACUCCUUUGCAUAUAGCAAGCCGAGUUAAGAAGUUUGACGUUCCACUCAUAAAAUUAUUGUUGGAUUAUGGGGCUCAUUUAGAUACUCCGAAUAAAGCUGGAAAUACUCCAGCAGAUUUAAUAUCUUCUUAUCCUGGCAAUAAUGUAAAUCUCGUUAAAUAUAUUAGUUUACAAUGUCACGCGGCACACGCCAUGUGUAAAUAUGGUAUUGACUGUAUAGAAUUGCCAUCUGCAUUGCAAGAGUUUUUGGAAUUUCACAGAGAAUAAACGUAUAUUUUUAUAUAUAGUAUGAAAGUGUGUAAAAAAAAAAACGUGCACGUGUGUUUAUACAAAAGUAAUAUUGUAGGAUGUGAAUAAUUUGAAUGUUUUCUCUAAGAAAACAUCGCAGGUGUAUGUACGUGUAUGUGCGACCGAUACAUACAUUUUUAAACUACAUCAAGUUGAGAUAAGUAUUAGGUUAUUCUUUUCUUUGCAUUACUGAUGAUGUGGUGCAAAAUAUAUGCUAAUUUUUAGAGAAAGCUUUAUCCCAGGCCAGAGUUGUUGAGCCUUCUCCUCUCUGAAAUGAUAAGGAAUUUACUGUCGUCUCUUGUUGCUGAAUGUUUUAGAACAUUUUCAACAGCAACUUAUAGAAACAUUUCGGUCACAUUGAAGCAACGUAAUUUGAGAAACAUUUGUUUUGUUUCGGUUUGUUUUGUUUUCAAGACUAGAUUUACAUUCACAUUGAAGAGCAUUUGUUUCUGUUUCCGCGUGUGGCCGUGUUUCAUAUUUUCUUUUAAUCUUUAUUGUUCUGAACGGAAAUAGCCAAGAAGCGGUAAUAUUUGUUAAUGGCAACAAAAAUAUGGAGAAAUAUUCGAUAACAAACAACUUUUUCAAUAUAUAUAGAACAUCAACAAAAAGUUCCUCAUUUUUGAUUCAGUGGGGAUAAGGCUUUAAAAUCCUCGGUGCAAUCAGACUCGUCAAUGUCGUUAGAGUAAUCAAUGUUAAGAGUAAUCCUUCCCUAAAAAAGUGUUGUAUUAUGCGUACCGAAUUAAAUUAAAUAUAUUAUUAUUAUGAUUAUAAUCACACACGAUAUCGAUUCACGACUAAUAGCUUAUCAUUCUGCUUUCUCCAUUCUUAUCAUAUUAUUACAAAAAAGUAAUUUCUUUUUGAUUUAGCAAGUAUAUUUUUUUUCAGUUGUAGAUAGAGGCUAAUAAAAUAUUCAUUUUAAAAAGACUGCUUAUAUAGUUUUUAUAAAAUUGCUCAUUGAAUGCAUGAUAAUUGCUUACAAGUAAAAUUUAAAAUAAAUAUAAAGACAAGUAAAAUUUAAAAAUCCGCUUAUGAGUUUCGAAAUACUUUUAUACAUUUUAUUUAUGUAUACAUUUCAAAACUUUUUUUUAAACAUUGACACCUUUUAGUGCAAAAGCAGAUCACAUGGUACACAGUAUUAAAAUGUUUACUUUCAGUACCAAAGAUGUUUUAUGUUUGUAUGUAUGACAUUUAUUUUCAAAUUUUAUAUUUCUCUAUAUUGUCUUAAAUUUCUUUGCUCGUUGUAAAUUGAGAUUAUUGAACAAAUAUGGUUAUAAAAGGUGAUAUGACGUAAAUAUACGUACAUAAUAAUAAGAAAUUAUAUCUGGAUGCAUACCACAGUACAAGUAUGUUAAGUUUGCAAAAAUUAAUAAAAAUCCAGAUUAUAAAUAAAUGAAUAUUAAGAAUGAGAUUUUGUAAAUAUAUAAAAUAAGAAUAUAUAACGAAUAUAGUACUUAAUACUAUCGUUUAUAUCUUACAUCUUAUAUAAAAAUUAUUUUGUAAUAUAAUAAAUAUAUGUAUCUCUAAAUACACAAUGUUUAUGAAACUUAAUAUACACACAUUGAUAUUCAUAUGAGUAUUACGUUUAAUAUUAUUAAAAGAAAUAAAGCAAAGACGCAGAAAAAAUAUAUAAAAUCAAUCGUCUUAUCCAUUAUAAUUUUUGAUCAAAUUUCGAUCAAAAUAUACAACAUACGAAAGAUAUAUAGUAUGUAUUGCUUUUGGCAACUGUGAGAAAGUUUCCUUUGGCACUAUAAUAAUAAGCAAGGAACAAUACAUAAAUAAAAUAAAAAGGACGAAAUAUAAAAUGUCGAUGAUGUGAUUUUCAUAUGAUAAACAUGAGUCAUUCGACCAUAAAUAGAAGACAUUGUCUUAAUAGUAAUCGUAAAUAAUUUUCUUAUUGCCAAGUUUAAUAAAUAAGUUAUCGAAGAUUACUUGUGAAAAUCAUUUGUGAAAAUUACUUCAUUUUUAAAUAAUAAAAAAGGACGAUCAAUUUUUUUAGAAUGUAUCUAAAUUUAUAAAAGACGAAAAAACACAGCCACUAUUCCAACAGUCAGGGAUAAGUUAUGUAAAAUUGCUUUGCUUCGGGAAUAAGCAUCAACAACGUAUAUUUUCCAACCCAUAUUUGCAUGAGUAAAGGAAUUAUAAUAAACAACAUCUGGCCACGAUGUGUUAGGUGUCACUUCUAGAAUACCUCCUUCGCCUACAAAUACACGAGUAUACGGUAAAGUCGUAUAAUUUCUUUAUGAAAGAUAUAUCGAUCAGAACUUACCAGGUUCACAAACAUAUAUAAGGCUUCUGUUAAACUUCUUGAAAGAUAAAAAGUCAUCGUCUAGUCUUCUAUCUCUGCUGUCAUGCUUGCUCAAACAAAGAGGACCCACUGUAAAUAAGCAUGCUUUUAUAUCGAUCAACUCAUAAAGUUAAUUCUUUUAAAUAAUAAUUCUAUCAUUUAAGAUACCUGCCGUUGGUCUUGGUCGACCUCUUCUAGUAAACUCAACGCCAGCUAACACUCUUAUUUUACUUUGUGCAAUAUCGCUGAGUCUAUCGUAGCCUCCGUGAGGUUCGUCCGUAAUAAUUAAAGGAUGAUACAAAUUAGAACUAUGAGGAUUAUUGCCUCCGUAGACAACGAAGUUGUAUGUUAAUCCUCGACGUAAAUACAAUUCCGGUAUUAAUUGACCUUCAAUGUACCACGCGUAACCCAUCGACGUUUGUCCUAUUACGAUAAAUUAUGAUCAUACUAAAAACAUAAUUAAAUUACAAAGAGUGAUUAAA